GCAGCUCGAAGACGACGAGCGAGUGCAGCCUGGAGGAACCGGUAACCCUGGUGGUUUUGUGCGUACAGACAAACAGGAAGUCGGGCUCGCCCGCUGCUCUGCAACUAGUCGUUUUAGUUUUUGUUUAGUUUUUUCCUCUUAAGUUUUGCAGCUUGCAGCCAUUUUUAAAACAAAUAGCAGUGAGCAAAGGGUUAGUCCCCUCCAUGCAUGGCAUCUCGCAGUGAAAGCCUCCAGUCCGCCGGGACCUCCUCAGCCUUACAGAAACUAGAAGGUUUUGCAAACAGACUGUUCCAUCGAAAUGGGAAGAGCAGCGUGCAGGAGCAGAGGGCGGCCCCAGACGGCGAGGGCCAGCCAGCGUCGGAGUGCACCUUACAAUGGGACCGUGCAAUGAAAGAGUUUCUAGCCAAAGCCAAAGAAGACUUUUUACGAAAAUGGGAAAGUCCGCCCCAGAACACCGCCGGCCUAGAUGACUUCGAGAGGGUAAAGACACUGGGCACUGGCUCGUUUGGCAGAGUAAUGUUGGUGAAGCAUAAAGGAGCCGAUCAGUAUUACGCCAUGAAGAUCCUGGAUAAGCAGAAGGUGGUAAAACUGAAGCAGAUAGAACACACGCUGAACGAGAAGAGGAUAUUACAAGCCGUCAACUUCCCUUUCCUGGUCAGGUUGGAGUAUUCCUUCAAGGAUAAUUCAAAUUUAUAUAUGGUUAUGGAAUAUGUGCCUGGGGGUGAAAUGUUCUCGCAUCUAAGAAGAAUCGGAAGGUUCAGCGAGCCCCACGCACGGUUCUAUGCAGCUCAGAUAGUUUUAACAUUCGAGUACCUCCAUUCGUUAGACCUCAUCUACAGAGAUCUCAAACCAGAAAAUCUCUUAAUUGACCAACAAGGAUAUAUUCAGGUCACAGACUUUGGGUUUGCCAAGCGAGUAAAGGGAAGAACUUGGACAUUAUGUGGAACCCCAGAAUACCUGGCACCAGAAAUUAUUUUGAGCAAGGGCUAUAAUAAAGCAGUCGACUGGUGGGCAUUAGGUGUGUUAAUCUAUGAAAUGGCGGCUGGUUAUCCUCCAUUUUUCGCUGAUCAGCCCAUUCAAAUAUAUGAAAAAAUUGUUUCUGGAAAGGUACGGUUUCCAUCCCACUUCAGUUCAGAUCUUAAAGACUUACUAAGGAAUUUGCUGCAGGUAGAUCUGACCAAACGAUACGGGAAUCUGAAGAAUGGCGUCAACGAUAUUAAGAACCACAAGUGGUUUGCCACUACAGAUUGGAUCGCAAUCUACCAGAGAAAGGUGGAAGCUCCGUUCAUACCAAAGUGCAGAGGGCCAGGAGACACCAGCAACUUUGACGACUACGAGGAAGAGGACAUCCGCGUGUCUCUCACCGAGAAAUGUGCAAAAGAAUUUGCUGACUUUUAGGAUGAUGCUUGUUAGGACGACAAUGCCAUCAGGGCUCACAUUGGGAUCUUUGCACUCUCUGUUUUCAGAUGGGGUGGAGCUGAAACCAUCUUAUGUCAGAGUUACCUAGUUCCUUCAUUCCGCAAAGCUGACUGAAGCCUAGAGCGCCAUCUUCCACGCGUGCAGUUUUGCACCAACCCUUGUACCCCGGCACAGCAGAGCUCUCUGUGCCGUAACGCAGAAUACUAGACCACUGACCUUGUUCUUGUUUCUCCUCUUCUGUUUUUUUGUUUUUUUUUUCUUCUUCUCCACGUCUUGUAUGUUUUUCCCUUUCCACCCCUCUCACCCGCACACACUCGUUUUUAAGUAGUAUUUUUACCCAAUGACACUCCCUUUUUAUUUUUUGGAAAUGUGUUGUGUGUGUGAUGUGUGACUGCUACGGGAGAUGUUGCACUUAGGAACGUAUUGAAUGCAGAACUCGUUGCCUCCAGUCUGUGCCACUGUAAAGAACCAUUUCUCCCCCCCCCCCCCCCCCCCUUCCUCUCCUCGCCGCAGGUACGGGUUACUUUUUAUUACACUGUUGGAAAUAAGACCUCCCCUAAGGCCAUGCAUAUACCGAUAGCUUAAUAAAGGUAACAUCUUCCAUGAGUUUGGCCAUUACACUAGGUAGAUCGAAAUUGGAGUGCAACAUUUUGAUUCACUAGACCCCCCCGUGCCUUGGUUUUGUAUGCCGCCUUCCCUGUCUACGGUUUGUUUGUUUUUUAAUUAUUAUUUUUGGCAGAAUCUUCUUGUUACCGGGCAGUAUAGUGUUGGCACGUCUCCGGAUGAUAUCCAGCUGCUCUCGUCUUUCGAAGUAUUUCAAUACUGACUUUAACCGCGUCGCUCGAUGUUCACAUUGGGUUUUAACCACGCCGCUCCGCCUGCUCUUUCUCUCUCUCUUUAAAAUUCCAGUCAGUAUUUUUUUUUUUUUUUUUUUUAAACGGAAGGUAAUAAAUAAAAUGUGACAACACAGUAAUUCUUUAAUAAGCUCUGUUUUUUGGGGGAUUGUCUUAUUUUAUUUAAUGUUUUAUUUAAACAACCUUCUCGCCCAACGAAGCCAAGAACCGACCGACCGAUCAUGCUCCAUCUGCAGGAGACAAAAGAAAAAAGCUCAAUAUUUCGGCUAUCUUUUAUAAUAAUGAAUGAUGAUGUUGCCCAUGAGUCGCUGCUGCCACAUUUUAUUUUGGUAUACUAUAUUAGUAAAUUGAGGGUAAAGUGCUGUCAGCAUGAAUAGGCCAAUGCUAGAAGCUGCCAUAGUAAGAUUUAUAUUUUUUUUGGUUGAGGAUUAGACCUGUUCCAUGUAAAACAGACAUCCCACCACCACCACGAAACGCAUUGUUGGACUAGGCGGCUGUACAGGUAAUAAUUGAGCUCAGUCAUGUUUUGUUAGGACUCGUACCGCCUUCCAAUUUCUUUUUUUAAACACCCCCCCCCCCCCCCCUCCCAAAAUCAAAUGAAGUGUCCUCUUGUCUCCUUCCACUUUAUGGUUUAUGCUUGUCCAUUUAAAUUUCUUAUUUGUACACGUCUACAUAUAUAUAACUCGAUAUAGAUAUAUAUAUAUAUAUAUAUAUAUAUCUAUCUAUCAUCAGCGACCUGUCUUAAAACAGCACACCGGUUUCAAAUAAACUAGUUACAUUUUCGGAUCCAUCUACAUGCACAACGAGGAUGAAUUGUUUUUAUUCUGGGGAUAUCGUCUACGUAUCUCCAUCUAUUGUAUUUGUUUGAAUGUUUGGAGAUUUAGAUCCACUCGCGUUACUCCUUGUUUUAUUUUUAUUAUUUAGUUUUUUUUGUGGCGCCCCGCAGCCUGGGCUUCUCUAGCUGUUGUGAAACCACAAGUCCCAGCAUGCCCUGAGAUCAUGAUGGGCCUUGUUGUUGUCUGCCGCUGUGUUUCAAAGUGUAGCUCUUGCCUACAAAUGUCUGAGGCAGGCAGUUAGGUCAGUGGGCUGAUUUAGAAGAUUGGGAUGAACUCGCAUACGGCGGAUAUUUCUACGGCUGUCCCAUUCUUUUGAACGGGGAUAAGCAGAAGCAACCCCCCCCCCUUUUUUUUUUUUUGAUCAAUCAAAAUGAUAUUAAAGGGGUUAUUCCAUGAUUAAUGUGAAACCUUAAAAUCGGUCGUCGUAGUACAUGACAAUCAAUUUCUAAGGCCACUUUCGCACAAGCGUAUUUGCAAUCUGUAUAUGGCCCAGAUUUUAUGUACUGGAAUCCGCUCUUAAUAUUAAUGAAUAGAGAUAUUCACAUGGGCAAUUUAGUUGAGAUCCGCAGCAUGUCCGAGUUUUGUGCGUAUUUGUUUCAAGAUACACACAUUACAGGCUAUGCAUCAAGAAUGCAGGGAGAAAAGAAUGCGCAUGUAAAUCCUGAUGAAAUCCUGAAGCAAUACUCAUGGUGCGUAAUCCAGAGCCAGAGUACUGACUGAUUUAAAUACCCUUGUGUGAAAGCGGCCUAUCAAAGCUAGAACCAGCCCUGUACUGCACAUGGAUCCAGCCAUCUGCCCAUUAUAUACUCUGCUAGAUUUAUAUCAAGCUAGCAGCUCAGGGGGUUGUGUGUCCUGUAUGUUGCAGCUAGUGGCAGGUGAAGGAUGGAACUGACCAUGUGCUUCCAUCUCAGUGAGCAGGACAAAGAAAUUA